AAUGUAUCGAAGUGUAUAUGAAAAACUCGAAUAUACGACUAAGGUUAUGAUGAUUGCAUCAUGAAUGAAGAAUGUCGACCAUCCUUGUCUCAGAUUUGACGAGAAGGUCCUGAAUAGGGGGUGGAGUGGAUUUGGGGAUGUUCUUUGUCUCCCCCCGUAUUUUUCUACAACCCCGACGGAGGAGAGGGGGUCACAUGCUCUAGCCAAUCGCAUGGGGUAACUAGUGAGCCUUUUGUCUAUUGUAGAGAGAAAGAGGGAAAAGUGCUCAGAAUUUUGUUGGGGUUUCGACUACAGGCUCAAUUCGAGGAAUUGAGAAACGGAGUUGGCUUCAAGAUCUGAGAGUCCCUCUACCCCCACUCCGGAUGCACCAUGAGCUGGAGUUUCCUGACGCGUCUCCUGGACGAGAUAUCCAACCACUCUACCUUUGUGGGCAAGAUCUGGCUCACGCUGCUCAUCGUCUUCCGCAUUGUGUUGACUGCUGUGGGAGGCGAGUCCAUCUACUACGAUGAACAGAGCAAGUUUGUGUGCAAUACCCACCAACCCGGUUGCGAGAAUGUGUGCUACGACGCCUUUGCACCGCUCUCGCACAUCCGCUUCUGGGUCUUCCAGGUGAUCAUGAUCACCACCCCCACCAUCAUGUACCUGGGCUUCGCCAUGCACAAAAUCGCCCGCAUGGACGACGAUGAGUACAGGCCCCGCGGGAAGAGUAUGCCCAUGGUGAGCCUAGGGACCAACCGGAACUACGAGGAGGCGGAGGACAAUGGCGAGGAGGACCCCAUGAUCUCGGAGGAGAUCGAGUUGGAGAAGAAGGAGAAGCCUAGCAAGAAGCAUGACGGGCGCCGGCGCAUCAAGCGCGACGGCCUCAUGAAGGUGUACGUGUUCCAGCUGCUGUCGCGUGCUGCUUUCGAGGUCUCCUUUCUGUUCGGCCAGUACAUCCUCUACGGCCUGGAGGUGUCUCCCUCGUACAUGUGCACGCGCUCACCCUGUCCACACACAGUGGACUGCUUCGUGUCGCGUCCCACGGAGAAAACCAUCUUCCUGCUCAUCAUGUAUGCGGUGAGUGCCCUCUGUCUGCUCUUCACCGUGCUGGAGAUCCUCCACCUGGGUUAUAGCGGCAUACGGGACUGUUACUGCCGCCCUCGUCCUCGCCCCCCAACUCCCCACCAACUGGCCAGUCAGCGUCCCUCACUAAGUGGCCGCCAGGUACCCACAGCUCCUCCGGGCUACAACACAGCGCUGAAGAAGGACCCCAAGGGCAUGCGAUUGGAUUACAACCUGGGCGACUCGGGCCGUGAGUCGUUUGGGGACGAGGCGUCUCAGCGGGAGCUGGAGAGGCUAAGAAGGCAUCUGAAGCUGGCCCAGCAGCACCUGGACCUGGCCUACCAGAAUGAGGACAACAGCAGCACGUCACGGAGCAACAGCCCAGAGUCCAACGGGACGGCCGUGGAGCAGAACCGCCUCAACUUUGCCCAGGAGAAGCAAAGCAGCACCUGCGAGAAAGGUUUACGAGCAUAACUUCAUCAUUGGCCCACCUGGCCCUCUCAGGAUAGAUUCUUGCAUCUGGGACAGUGGGGGUACCAGGGAGCAUUGUGUGGGGACAGGUAUUGUGUGUAUGUGACUCGAGGAGGAUGAAUCCAUCUAUCUUUCAGUGUUGAGGCCAGUGAACGUUCAAGGGAAACAUGCCAAACUGAACGAGCAGCAUCUUCCUACCCAGCUAUUCUUGAGCACAUCUGAAGAUCCAGAGUGUCCACAAACUGUUUUCAGAACAUUCCUAUUCGUCUCUCAGGGUAGCAGUGCUCUUUUGUUGACCAUUUCCUUUUGUUUGUAGUUUUUCCGUCUUUGCUGGAGUUUAGAGAGGUCAAUCUCAUGUUUGCCUUAAACCUAACACUGGAGUUUACAUUUCAGCCAUUCCAAGAAGUUAUGGGCAAGCCAAGUGUGUCGCAAAUCCAUGUCAAAGUUGAUGUUUGUGUUUUGUGAGGAAUAGGGAACCACGGUGAGUCAGUGUUUGGAGAUGUGAACUGGUAUGGUAAAAGUUGGAGGUAUUAGAAGUGAUAAUUGUCCAUGUGCAACAGCUUACAAUGAGCAAAUGGUUAACUAUUUUGGGUCAACCACCAGAAACAACAGUUACAUUUGAGUUGUAGCACAGCAAUAUGUAGUUUGCAGAAAGAGUACCUACUUUGAUCAUGAAUCCCCCCUCCCAUAAAUAUGACUGUUACCAAAUCUGGGUACUGGAAGCCUAUUUUGGCACCUUUAUCCAGAGGAUAAAAAACCUGGGUAAUGCUUGAAUUCAUGUAAAUUGUUAUAUUGUCUGGUAAUGUUAAACAUGCUUUUGAUACUGAUUUCUUCCAUUUUGUUAGUUUUAUAUGGAAAGUGUUUGGACGACAUUGACACUUUGAAAGUGAACGAUGAAGCCUUUAAGGUCACGAUGGCCAAAUUGUUAAGUGUAACAACUAUGAAGUUCACUGUCUUUUCGGAUGUCUACAUUUACUGAGGGGCUCAACAGAUUGGGAGUUAUUUUACACAUUGAGGACCAUCCGCGAUUUGUGGGUUACUCAUCUAUGCCAUACACCAGUUGAACUCCGGGUCGUGUUCAGUAGAGCACAACGUAGCAAUGUUUUGAAACUGAAAAUGUAAUUCUGCCUUCUUAUACAUUUUACAUUUUAGUCAUUUAGCAGACACUCUUAUCCAGAGCGACUUACAGUUAGUGACUGCAUACAUUUUCAUACUUACAGGAUAAAUUCCUGUAAUUCCUCUUCAGUAGCCUAUGUCUCCCGUCCCGAUUUGUGCCUACUGAACAUGACCCAGAGAGACCCAAGAUUUUUUUGGUAAAGAAAAUACACUACAACGAAGCAUUUAAUCUGUCGAUCAGCAUUUUCAGAAAGCAACUCAAGUACCCCACAAUUCAGUGUUAUUUUUCUAUAUUGUUUUGUUCAGUGUGUUUUCUCCUGAAAUUGGGACAUGUAGAUUUGUGGCUUUGUGUUCUCUAUGCAAUUCAAAAUCUAUGCUCGGUUCAGUGUUCAUUAUUGAGGCAUUGAUGCAAGUCAAAUUCAUAAGCCUUCAAGCCGUUAAUAAUGACCACCAUGCUGCAGUCUCAGCGACGGUUGUAAAUGUUAUCAUUGUUAUCUUUUUAUGGUUGAAACGACCCAUUGCCUUGAAUGUGAUCUUAUGAUGCCAUCAGUGCACACUCAUUAUAUCAGCAGUGCCAUUAAGUGUCAACUGUCAUCUCAAACAAUUUGUUUAAAUACUUUUGUAUGAAUAGUAUUUUUCUGCUCAAUUUCUUAAAUAAACAUUUUCUAAUGAA